ACAUUUCAGGCUGAUCAGUGUAGGAUGUGCAUGUUUGCUAUUGAAUAAAGAAGAGAGGUUUGUCUGGAAGCUGCUAACUGGGUCAACAGAGGCUGAACACUGAGGAGACAUGGAAGCUGUGAUUGGACUGUUGCUGAUGCUACUCAGAGUCUCUAAUGGUGUGGAAACAUGUGAUGGCAGACAGGAUGGAGCUCAGUGUUAUGGAGCUUUGGGAGGAACUGUGGUCCUCCAGCUGAUGGACAGCGCCUCAGAAAUAUUUAAAUACCAAUUGUUAAGCAAAACAACAGUAAUACUUGCAGGGAGAAAAACUCAGAUUCUGUUUAAUGUGAUAGAAGACAGAUCCUCAUUUACUCCCAUUAAUGGAACAUUUAGGAUCAACAACCUGAACUGGACUGAUGGUGGUGAAUAUUCUCUAGAAAUCUUUGAUUCAAAUGGAAAGAGAUCAGAGCAGCGGACUCUACAUUUGACCAUUCAAGCUCCUGUGACCUCUGUCCUGCUGGUCCCUGAGUGUCUGUCCCAGGGAGAGAUGAGGGUGUCCUGCUCCUCUGAGGGAGGGGACAGUCCUCAGUACAGCUGGACUCUGGAUGGACACACACUGACAGACGCUCAGCUCCUCUCUGGAAACAAUGAGAGUAACAACAUCACUCUGAAACAAGACGUGUCAGGACAGCUGGUCUGCUCAGUCAGGAAUAAAGUCAGUAGUGUCUCCAAAAAAGAGAAGAUAUCUACCUGUGGCUUCAUAUUCAUUAACUGCACCAUCAAUAUGACACACAUAUCACAGUGGGUGCUGGAAGCCAGUAACACCUGUGUAUUGAACCAACAACAACACCUACCAUGAUCACAGAUACUGCGAGCGUCCCGAGCAGUGAUGUCCCAUGGUACAUUAGCAAUUUGCCAAUAAUUGCCGGCGUACUCUCUGCACUGUUAAUUCUGUUGCUGGUCGGGGUGGCAGUCGCCUGUGCUCACAAGAAACAGGAAAAUAACAGACCAAAAGAAAUAGAAGAUGAACGAGAAUUAACCACUGCUGAUGUCAGGGUUGUGCAGCUGCCUGGGAGACAAAUGCAGCAAAGGGAAGAGGUGGAAACACGUAUGGCCGAGUCAAGAUUUCACAGCGACCUCGGCAGGCCAUUGAACCAACAGGAGAUGAAUGUGUGUAUGCCAAUGUCCGCAAAGGGAAGAGGAUUUAGUGUUCUCUGCACCACUGAAGGCAGGAGGAGGAGGUGUGCCAAGACGCCCGAAGGUCUUUCACCUUAAUUUAAUGUGAUUUCCAAUAGGAAAAAUAAAAAGCCAUCAGCGCUCAUAUUAUUUUAUUCACCUUUACUGUACUUCUGGGUUGUGACUGAGCAUCAAAGUAUAAGCUCCAGCAUUUGAAUCACAGUGUGGCUAGUUUUUAUAGAGUAGACCAUUCAAUGUUUUCUUUAGAAUGUAUUUUACCACAAUUCCAAUGUCUCUUAUCUUUAGAUUAUGUUGUUCCUCAUUUUCAUUUUUGUCUAAUUUAUGAGCAUAUUUACUUUUAUUUCAUUGUUAAAACUAUGUGAACUUGUAAUGAGGUAUGGUAGCUUUUUUCAUUUAAGGACCAUAGCAAAACUGAAAUCCAUUCUCUCUGUAAAGGACUUGGAGACUGUCUUGCAUGCUCUUAUAUCCUCUUGAAUUGAUUACUGCAAUUCCUUGUACUCUGGCAUCUGUCGCUCAUCUUUAUCACGCUUGCAGAUUGUUCAAAAUGCAGCUGCUAGAUUGUUAACUGGUACAAGGAAGAGGGACCAUAUUUCCCCAAUAUUGGCUGCUCUUCACUGGUUACCAAUAAAAUAUAGAGUCGAUUUUAAGGUGCUCUUGUUUUUAUUUAUCUAUUUUUUAUUUAACUGUGUUGUUUUCUAUCUUAUUGCUGUAUGUAAUUAAUUGUUUGGCCUGUUUUAAUUUAUCUGGCUUUAAUUUCUAUGUCUUCUACUGUAUCACUUGUCCAGCACUUUGGUCAACUCUGGUUGUUUUUAAAUGUGCUUUAUAAAUAAACUUGACUUAACUAAUGAUGACAA